CAUUUGCUUUCAGUUUUGUAUAGAUUAUAGUGUCUCUUUUAUUACUUAUCCCGCAGUGUUGGGAAGUCUUGCCUCCAGAGUCCCAUUGAAUAUUAGAGGAAUACAGCUGGAAGUUUGCAAUGGAGCUAUUGGAUGUGCUGUCAUGGGCCUGCAUUGUGUUCACCGUGGGCAUGUUCUCCUCAGGACUGUCUGACCUAAGAAAGAUGUUUGCCACUCACAGUACAGAUAACAUCCAGUUCCUGCCAUUUCUCACAACCGACCUCAACAAUCUAGGCUGGCUGUAUUAUGGGCAGCUGAAGAAUGACUGGACACUGAUGACAGUUAACACCAUUGGUGCUGUACUGCAAACCAUCUAUAUCCUGGCCUUCUUCUACUUCACAGCUGAGAAGUCUGGUGUCCUGUACAAGUUGCUUGCAGCACUGGCACUUCUGUUCGUCAGUUCUAUUUACUUCACAACAGUGGUAACAGAUGAAGCACGCCUCACACAGCUGGGUCUGUUCUGUAGCAUCUUCACCAUCAGCAUGUACAUCUCACCGUUGGUUGAUCUGGCUAAGAUCAUCAGCACCAAGUCCACAAAGUGCCUUUCCUUCCCCCUGACAGUAGCAACCUUCCUCACCUCUGCCUCUUGGAGCCUGUAUGGAAUGCAGCUGAAUGACUUCUACAUAAUGAUACCUAACCUACCUGGAGUUGUUACCAGCCUAAUCCGUUUCUGGCUUUUCUGGCAGUACUCACAUAGCCAGGAGAAAUAUCCUUACAGACCAGUGCAGGCCUGAAGCCAGGACUGAUUCUGUUAUGGAGACGGCUGUGAUUCUAAAAACCCAGCAUGUGUGCAAUUGCAGGGUACAGUAGUACCACAUUGGCAGAUCACAACCUUAAAAGUUUGCAUAGGAGAGAGCAAGUUUGGAAAGCAGUUGAUUACUCCUACAGACUUUAGUGAAGCACAGCACAUGAAUGUGCAAGAUGAAAACAACACAAAGCUGUUCCUUUAAUUGCAUACCUACAGUGAAUCUGUGCCACAAAUCAAUUGUGUCUGGUAUUUUAUUCAUGGUGGGGGAAGCAAGUGCCUUCAUGUAUGAAAAGCAACUUUUUCUAGUAUGUAACUGGUGUUUAAUGAAGAUAACUUUUUAGUGCUGUUUUCUUUUAUGACUGGUCUUCUAAUUCUGUUUUUUUUUGUUGUUUUAAAUUAGUAUUUCAUUAUUUGAACUAUUGUACUUUCGACUGUGUGGUACACAAAUUUCCUUGUGUCUAAGAAUUCCUUGUGAUAUGUUUUGGGUGGCAGUUUUAUCAGGGAUAUUUUGUUUUAAGGGUACGUGCGUAAGAAUGGAAAAGUGAAACAGAAUGCCAGUAUCGAUAAAUCAGGCAGUUUGUUUUGCAUUCUGAAACACCUUUCUGUAUUUGCACAUUCUGAAACACCUUACUGUAUCUGCAUUAUUUAGCUGAGCAAGUAAGUGUUUCCUGAGUCAGAAUGAUUCUUAAGUGACAUGAAAGAUCUAGAUUUCCGAAUAAUAAAAACAUCCCACUUUCUUAAUAUUUUUGUGUCCUAUCUGAUUCCAUCUGACACAUGCAAUCAUUUCCUAUUUUUCCUUAGGUUCCAGUGUACCACUGUGUCAGUUCUUACCUGUCUCAGUUUAUCCAUCUGCAUUUAUCACGUUUUUCUUCUAUCCAUUUGUAAUGUUAGUCUCUACCAUGUUGUACCUCCAUGUAAUAUCAUGUUGCAUGGUUUGGUGAGUGUUCUCACACUUCUACCUCUGUGAUGUGCCUUGGCUUAUGCUUAUCUCCUUUAACAUUCAUGCCUAUUCCUUCUCUUUUAUGUGUUUCACCCACUUUGUUUCCAUGUUCCUCUCCUCUGCAUUGUGCAUGUUUCUUGUGUUUCACUGCCAUUUGGCAGUAACAUAAGCAUGUGUUGCUUUUUGACCGCUUCCUGCUUUGUCACACAAGCCCAUUUGGCUUCUCACACCCUUUUACCUUCUUUCUGAUUUUUUCAUAAUAUCAGAAGUAAAACAUGGAGCAAAGUUUGUCACCAUGAUGGCAUUAGGAGGAAGUCCAGGUUUUUUUUGUAGUGAAGGUCAUACUUUUGUUUACUCGAACAUAUUUGACCUUUAGUGCAAAGAAGAAUAAAAUGUAGAUCUGAUGUUGUCCCCUUCAUUCCUUCUUAUGGUAGGGUUUCAGAUCCAAACCUCGGAUCCGGCUUGGCCACAUUUUCCUGACUUAGACCUGACUCUCAAGCUCCUCCCCUACGCAUAAUGCACUACCGCCACCCAAGCACCUCAGAUCUCGUUUGCCACAUUCAGAAGACAGACUGAAGAUCCAGUCUGUCAAGCGCGCCUUUGUUGUUUUCAGUUAGUGUGCUUCUCCCUCAUUAUUAGUUAGUCUGUGUCAUAGUGGGUAAAUUUUGUAGUUUGAAGUGCUAAAGUUAGGUCGUUACAGAAGUUUUCUUUUUCUGCUGUGUGCUCCCUUUCCUCUUAAGGGUUUACAAUUGGUGUGUAUGUUUGUGCUCACACUUUCUACUUUAUAGUCUUUCCUUUCAUAAAAAAAAAAGUGUGUGUGAUAUAAUUGCUGUUACCGUUGAUUGCUUUCCCUUUUUUCAGCAGGUCUUUGGCUUUUCUGUUUGUGGCAGGCUUAGGUCAGGGUUGCUUCCAUGUCCAUUAUGUCAGACAAGCCUUCUGGUUUCAAGAGAUGCACUUCUUGUGGGCACAAGAUCCCCAGUCAAGAUGCCCACAAAAAUUGCAUCUACUGUUUGGGGGCCAAACAUCUCAAAGCCUGUUAUGACAUUAUACACUUCCUUUAAUCCGCGUACGCUGGUGGAUAGGCAAAAUAAGUUGAUCUUAAAAGGGUCUGCUUCCUUCCUUAGCUUCUGAGGCUCAAUCCUCCUCCUUGACUUCAUCUUCCAUGGAUCCUAAGAAGGUGUCUCAUUGCUUCCAUGAGAGACCCCUUGGAGCCUAAGAUUAUGUUAAAGAAGUCUUCAGAUCCACCUUCCUUAGAUCCAAAGAAGUCUGCUGCCUUACUGGAGGCACAGGUCUCCAGAGAUCCGACUGGGAUCAUCACUAUUUCCCCUCCUGUCUCUUCGGCUCCUGCAUUGGAUCCUUGGACUUUGGAUCUGAGAGCUAAAAGCAGGUCAACCAAGACAGCCCAUGUCACCUAAGCCUAGACAUUCCAGACCCUCCUUGUCUUCCUAUAGGGUCUGUAAAAGCUGGUCCAAGGUGGAUAUAGACAGAAUGAUUAGGAAAUACCUCAAGAUCCAGAUUCAGAUGGGGGUAGUGUCAGCUCUGUCCCCUAUCGGACACGUGAGCUUACCCGGCCCAUACUCCUUCUCUGAUCCAUUCCUUGGUUUCAGAGUUGCAGGGCUCAAAACUCCAGAGAGUGUGGGUAUUGGUGCCAGCAAAACCACCUUCCUUGACUCCGAUGGUGCACCUUAUCAGCCCUGCUCCUGCUUACUGGGAGCAAGGCGAAUUUCGGCGGCAAGAGGUCAGAGCCAGCUCUGGGGGAAUGGGGUCAGUACUGUCUGUUGGAGCUCUCUCUUCCCCUAAUUGCCUCGGCCCUUGAUAGCUCGUGUCCGAUUCCCUCUGGAAGCUACAGAUCUGGAGUAGGUUCUAACCAUCUUCCAUUUGUUGCUUUGGCUUUGAUAAGUGGGUGGGACUUCUGCAGGUCCGUUUGCUUUCAAAGUAGUGGAAAGGGGUUUCUCCCUCAGUCCUGUAGCCUACCAAUGUACCCCUGUGGGUCGUGGUCUUGAUCGCACUCAUUCUGUCCAGAGUCUUCCUGCCCAGAGCAGUCUCCAAGAUUUUUUUGACCCAGGAAAGAUCCCCUUCUUCCAAUACUUCUCCCCAGUACACAAUGGAGGAAGUUCCCCCAGAAGAAGAUGUGCAAAAGGAGGCACAUCAACUCCCCAUUGAAGUCAUUAACCAAAGACACUGACUUUGGAGGAGAAAGGAUCCCAACGAUCCCCACCUGCUGUCUCCUUUGGAGACAUUCUAGAGAUCCUGAAGUAGAAGGGUGAGUGGUCUGUCCGUCCUCCUCUUUCUGAGGAGUCAGUGUCCUUGGAAGCUUUCAGGGCAGGCCCAUUGCCGUCCUGGGGUGACCUACCAGUGGAUGCCCUUGUUGACCUUGUAUCUUGCUGGGUGUGGAAGGAACCAUAUACCAUCGAGCUGAUUCCUAAGUGCCCCAAUAGGAUUGUGGUCCCACAGGCUGACAGGAAACAUUGGAGCACGGGUCCUGUUGUUGAUACCAUCAUGGUAGCAGCAGCCACUAAGAAAGAACUGGCAGAGGAACCAUCUCGCCUGACAAAGAGUUUAGAGCACUGGUCAGACUAGGAAAGUGCAUUUACACCUCAGCCACCUUUGCUGUGAGUUUUUGAAUUAUCUGGCUCACUUUACCCAAUUCAGAGAGAUUUAAUUAAGGAGCUUUUGGAGUAUCUCUGAGUCUAUGCCUGCGGGCAACUUUAAGAAACUUUCUCCCAAGCUGGCCACUCUGUCAUCUAAUUUCAAUUCCUCAAUGAGGCUAAUGUCCUAUAUGACAAAAGAUUUCUCUCCAGCUGCUGGUUCAGGUCUAUCCCUAAGGAGGCAUUUCUGGAUGAAACUAUGUGGCUUUGUGGAACCCUUUAAAUCGUCAUUUGUUAAUGCCCCUUUUGAUGGCUCAUCACUGUUUGGGCCAUUGUUUAAAGAUACUCUUAUUUGCAGUGAAAAGGACGGGAAGACUCUUUCUGCCAUAGGAAUCAUGUUUUCUAUGCCACAGCGGUCCUUUUCAAGGAACCAGCAUGGGAGUAAGAAAAUGUGGUUCCAUAAAUCACAAAGGCCUUUCCAGAACCCACAUGGGGAUCCUUCUUCCAGAGGCAGAGGAGGGAGGGGGCAUAAUGGCAGAUGUCACCUCAGAGGCAGGAGGGGUCCGGAAAAUCAGGCCUUUAGAGAGAUGUUCUCUGACGAGCCCUAUCAGCACUCCUGAAGUGCUACCCAGCUGCCCAUCUCUGGAGGCAGUUGGGGCUCAACUUGCUUUGCACUCAGAACCCUGUAUUUACUUGACACAAAACCCCCUGUGUGCUAAGAGUAAUUAUCCACAUGAUACUGCAUUCCCUUUUCUGUAACACCCCCUGACACCAUCAAGAAGCUCCCUGACUUGCCACCCAGUCAGAGAGAGCAGGCAGCACAAGAAGUUCAAAAAAUGCUGCAACAAAGAGUCAUCCAAGAGCUCCCAACCAAACAAAGAGGAUUCCAAACCUACUCCCGCUUCUUUUUGGUGCCGAAAAAGACAGGGGACCCAAGACCCAUAUUGGAUCUAAGCAUAUUGAAUCUGGACAUAAAGAAGUCGAGGCUCCAAAUGGUUACAGUCCAGUCCAUCCUGCCACUUUUGCACAAGAAUGAUGGGAUGGGCUCAGUAGAUCUUAAGGAGGGCUACUAUCGCAUCAAAAUAGACAGGCGCUCCAGGAGAUACCUGCGCUUUCGGCUGAGAGCCAGUCGCUUCCAGUUCAGAGUACUGCCCUUUGGGCUCACCAUAGCACCCUGGGUGUUCACCAAGUGGUAUAGCAGGUAGUAGCAGUUCACAUGAGACUCAAAGGAUUCCAGAAGUUUCCAUACUUAGAUAAUUGGCUCCUCAUUGCCCCCAUGAGGUAUCAACUUAGUCAAGCCAGAGACUAUCUGAUCCAAAUAUCACAAUAAAUGUAGACAAGUCCAGUCUGACUCUUGUACAGAACCUAGAGUUCAUGGGUACACAGUUGAAACACUAAGGAUCAAACAGCUUAUUUUCCUCUACACCACAUAAUGACACUGAGGAAUCAAGUUCAGGAACUGUUAUCUCCUCAGUCUCCCCCUGGCACAUCUAAUCUCACAAGCCUUUGGGGUCCAUGUCA